CUUCAUUCUCAAAAUUGCAUUGAUUGAUGAUCAUUUAUGUUUGUGACCACAACUUUCCGUCGUUGCUUCUCUAAAGAGCCUCAACAUUCUCUUCUUUCCGGCCUUUCCAAAACAAGUCAGCUUAGCAACACUCAUUCGGCAAAGACUUUUGAUGUUUCUGCAAUUGACAAACUGUUCACACCUCCAAGUUCCACUGGUAGUGGUGGAAAGAAUAGACGCAUCAUAGGUCCUAGUAAGCCAAAGGAAUAUGCGUUUACCUUAGAACAACUGAUGCAGUGCAGAGUGCAUAUGGGACACGUGACUGAAAAGUGGAACCCCAAGAUGGGACGGUAUAUAUUGGGUGAACGCAAUGGGAUUCACAUUAUCAACUUGGAAUAUACUUGGACACACUUGAGAAGAGCACUGCGAGUUAUCCGUGAAAUGGUGGCCUUGGAUGGAUUUGUGUUGUGGUUACCUCCGAAACGAAAUGAGUUGGCGUCUGUUGCAAGGAAGAUUGCUGAACAAGGAGAGGCGUUUAUGUUGGAUGGUCGAUGGAUACCUGGAACACUUACCAAUCCUCUUGGAUCGGGUCAGGCCAAAAAGUUUCGUUACAAAUUACCAGAUAUGUUGUUUUGUUUAGACUGUCGUUUCCAUACAGUUGCGUUGAAAGAAGCCCAAAUGACCGGAGUACCUAGUGUAGGAAUCGUGGAUACUGAUUGUGAUCCUGGACAAGUGACUUAUCCUAUUCCUGGUAAUGAUGAGUCUGCUUUAGCCAUCUCACUGUAUUGUCAAUUGGUGGUGCAUGCAGUUGGUGAAGGAAGGUCACUGUCAAAAGGUAGAAUGGAAAUCAAACCUAAUAGACCUCGACAGCCUCCUAAUACUUCAAGACUUUUGACUCCAACAACUUUUUAAAUAGGAAAAGAGUCGGUCACA